AUGUCACUGACCACCGAAUUUCCUUCUGUAUCAACCAAAGCGAACCCCGGACAGGCACCCGGUGGGCUAGGGAAAGGGCUCUUCGCAUCCACCAGCCUCAAAACCGGUGAAGAUGUCCUGAGCAUUCAAAAUCCCUUUGUAGCGGUUCUGGAAACGCCAAGGCUGGACGAUACAUGUUCGGGAUGCUUUGGCAAGAGACAAUUAGAGAAUGUAGAUGCGGCUUUGAAGGCGUGUACGGGUUGUCAGGUGGUCAAAUACUGUGAUAGAACAUGUCAAUCCAAGGACUGGAAAGCCGCGCAUUCGCUGGAGUGCUCUAUUUACCAGAAGCUGAAGCCUCGCGUCUUGCCCAUCAAUGCGAGAGCUGUUCUGCGCAUCGUGCUACGCAGUCAGCGUCAGAAGUGCACGCCCCAGGAGAUGGAGCUCUUCCUCCAACUUGAAACUCACGUUCAGGAGAUCCAGCGUGAUAAUCCAGCUCAGCUCGAACGUAUCGGAAUAUCGGCCAAAGCAGUCAAAGUGUAUUCUGGCACAGACAUGAAGGAGGAAACGAUCUCGGCAUUCGGGGCGAAGCUUGAUUUGAAUUCGUUCAACAUGACGAAUCCGUUGUAUGACCAGAUCGGUCUCUAUUUGCAUCCGUUCGCCGCCCUGAUCAACCACAGCUGCGACUACAAUUCUGUCGUCGGGUUCGACGGCCACCAGUUGUUCGUGAAAGCCAUCCGUCCUAUCCAGAAAGACGAGCAGAUCUUCAUAUCCUACAUCGACACCACGAAUCCAUAUAAGAUCCGUCGCGCCGAGUUACGCGAGCGAUACUACUUCGACUGCCGGUGUCCGAAAUGCGAACAGGGCCUCGACGGACCGGCCGACAAAUUUCCUAACACAUCAUCAUCAUCACCAGCGGACCCCUCCGACCUCGAAGCAGAUGGCAAAGAGGCCCAGAAAAUCCUAGACCGGGCAUCCGCCCUAGACACCGACCCCGUUGAAUCCAUCAUCCAGCUCGAAUCCGCCAUGCGCUGGCUCCGCCGAACGUCCCCGCCCUGGCCUAUUACCCGACAACCAUACAUCUCGCUUCGAGACCAACUAAUCACUAGCCUCCUCGCCGCGGGAUCCUUCUCUGCGGCCUUCAUCCACUGCGCUAUCCGUCAUCUCCGCAUCGACCCGGUCGUGUAUCCUCACGCCUCGCAUCCCGUGCGCUGUCUACAUGCCUGGACGCUCGCGAAGCUAACGAUCCAUCUCUCGCAGGACAUGGAACCAUCAUCGUCAUCGUCAUCGGGCGACGCGAUCCCGCUAGACCAGUUUGGGUUGAAUUUCAGUCUCGUUAUUUGGUCCGUGUUGAGUGAUCUGGUUAAUAGGGAGGCUGAGUGUUGCACGGCGCCGAGCUUCAAGGGGAUGGUAAGGGGGGCGUUUGCGGAGGUGCAUAAUGAGUUUCGGGUUAAUGGGUUGGAUCCGAGGACUAUGGGCGGGGAUAUUAGGAGGGAGUGGGAGAAGAUGGGGAGGUUGGUGGAUUUGGCGGUUGGGAAGGAGUAG